ACUAAAAAGAGAGAGCACUGGUAGUGGCUAUUGACUGAGCACCUUCCAGGUAGAUAGGCACCAGCUUAGCAUUUAUUAUGACCAUUCACAAAUGAGGCUGGGCGAGGUUAAGCGACCGGCCCAAAGAUGCAAAGCAAUAAAAUGGAAGAGUGACGAUUCGAGCACAGGUGUGUGAAUCAAACUCUGCGUACGGAUGGAAAAGUGACCUGGCGCAGCUAAGGGCGGUUCAAAUGAUAACGGUCACUUUAUUACGACAAACGGCUUAUGAAUAACAGCAACACUAGAAGAGCAGAAACGUUCUCGAACGCCACCGCGGACACGCCCACCCCGGCGCUGCCCGAAAGUCCCGCCGCCUUUCGGCGCUUACGUGCGCUCCGUGACCGCCGCGGCAGACGAGGGGCCGGCGGCCGAGACCGCAUGCGCUCUGGCGCCCUCGAGCGCGCCCCUCCCCCCCGGCGGCCGCAGCGCUGGCACGGGGGCGCAUGCGCACGCCCGGCGGGAGGAGAGCGGCCUCCAGCGAGUGGAAAGAUUUGGGCGACCAAGUGCGCGGGAGCCCGGCGGUAGGGUGCGAGGGCGCAGGCGCGGCUGGGGCCGGGCAGCGACUCCAGAAUCUCGGCUAGUCUCAGUCUGUGUCGCACCCGGAGCCGCCGCCAUGGCUGCAUACAAGCUGGUUCUGAUCCGGCACGGCGAGAGCACUUGGAACCUGGAGAACCGCUUCAGCGGCUGGUACGACGCCGACCUGAGCCCGGCCGGGCACGAGGAGGCGAAGCGCGGCGGGCAGGCGCUGCGAGAUGCUGGCUAUGAGUUUGACAUCUGCUUCACCUCGGUGCAGAAGAGAGCAAUUCGGACUCUCUGGACAGUGCUGGAUGCCAUUGACCAAAUGUGGCUGCCAGUAGUGAGGACUUGGCGCCUCAAUGAGCGGCACUAUGGGGGUCUGACUGGCCUGAAUAAAGCAGAAACUGCUGCCAAGCAUGGCGAGGCCCAGGUGAAGAUCUGGAGGCGUUCCUAUGAUGUCCCACCACCUCCAAUGGAACCCGACCAUCCCUUCUACAGCAAGAUCAGUAAGGAUCGAAGGUAUGCAGAUCUCACUGAAGAUCAGCUACCCUCCUGUGAAAGUCUGAAGGACACAAUUGCCAGAGCUCUGCCCUUUUGGAAUGAAGAAAUAGUUCCCCAGAUCAAGGAGGGGAAACGAGUACUGAUUGCAGCACAUGGCAACAGCCUUCGAGGCAUUGUCAAGCAUCUGGAGGGUCUUUCCGAAGAGGCUAUCAUGGAGCUGAACCUGCCAACAGGUAUUCCCAUGGUCUAUGAAUUGGACAAGAACUUGAAGCCCAUCAAGCCCAUGCAGUUCCUGGGGGAUGAAGAGACCGUGCGUAAAGCCAUGGAAGCUGUGGCUGCCCAGGGCAAGGCCAAAAAGUGAAGGCAAGCAGGGAGACUACUUUCCCAAGGAUCCCUCCUUGCCCAUCCCACUCCUCUGCACUUCUUCCCUGCACAUGUCACACUGACCACAUCUGUAGGAAUCUAAGUUUUAGCUGCAGAUGGGAACCAGUGGCUCCUAAUUUCAUUUAGCCAUUUUAUUUCUUGCAUCCAUUCCCUUCAUAUAUUCUAGUCAGAAUGGCACUUCUGGGGCAUGAGUUCUCAGUCCAAGCUGAGAGAAGACUCUUUCCCAAGAGUAGGGAAUUAGUAACACUGGGGUUUUUGCUACUGCUUUAUUACUAAGGACCUGCUUGAUUUGGGGAUAGGGAGGAACCAUGCUAGGUGUGACCAAGUGAGAAGCAGGAGAGCCUAUGUGUGGUCCCAGGAGCAAGUCCUGUACUAUUCUGUAGUCAGGUGGGGGGCUCUAGUCAUUCCAGUGGAAGAUGAAUGUAACCUGCAUGGUGAUUAAAAACAAUCAUUUCCCCUCUGACCCCAGAAGAGCUGGCUCUAGAAGAUUGGGAUCAAUCUGAAUGUUUUACAUGUUGCAUUUACUUUUACAAGGAAAAAAAAAUGUGUGUGUGUGUGUGUAUAUAUAUAUAUAUAUGUAUAUGUGUGUGUGUAUAUAUAUAUAUAUAUAUAUAUAUAAAAUACAAAACAAAAACCCUUCUGGGGUUUCUAGUGGCGGUUGAAAUAUUCCCACAUGUGAUCAUCCAAAAACAAGCCAUUCCUCACACCAGUGUGGGAUCAAUUCCUUGACUUCUGAGGCCUAGGAGUUCAUCCUGCUGUGUGUUUCAGAACUCCUCCCCUGCCUUAAUGUUUUACGGCAGUGAGAUGCCUCUUGAUCAUGUCCAAGUGUGUCUUUCACUGUAUCUGUUUCUGAUCAUGUUCCAGUUGCUUGGCCCUGCCACGGGCCCAGUACUCAUUUUGAGCGUACCUGUACUAAAUCUUUUUUCCAGAUCAGUAUAAUAAAGGAGUGAUGUGCAAUA